UUCACAUUACAGUUCUUUUUCAAACGGUUCCGAGUCAAUGUCACGGACGGGUGUUCUUGGUGGAGCAACUCUGUAGCGAGUGUUGUGUUGGUACUUAUCGUCGCGGCUAGAGUUUCGAUUCCCACCUCCUUCGGGACGUUGGGGGCAGUGAAGCUAGUUGGCUUAGUUGGCGAAUGGCAAUGCUAAAGUGAAGACAAGGAAAGUGCGAUCAAUUUUGAUGCUAAGUGGAAACUAUCAAUAAGGCCACCUCUACUGGGAGGGCCAAGUGAAAUUUUGAAGUAGUGGUGAUUCCUUGAGAUAAUAACUUACCGGGAAUAAAAUGAUAGAUUAAGUUUCGAAGAACCAGUUCUAUUAUUUUCGGUGGAUUAAAACAAGGCAUUCAGAGGAGUGCCAAAAAAAAAUGAAGUUACUGUCGGGAUUGAUUGGUGGACUAGUUCUGCUUAAAGUGGUAUCAGCAACAAAGGUGGUGGAUUCCAACGAGGAUUUAGAUGAUUCGGUGGUUGUCGAAGCUAGCGAACUAAAACCACGGCAACCGCGACAUAUAUGGCUAAGUACGCGUACUACCACAUGGGCGCAGGCACUGGGCGACGGAAGCCCCUGUCUGACAUCGAAGGGACAUCUUGGCUUCUGUACAUCGUUUAGGAAAUGUUAUCCUUAUUUCAAGGUUCCUGAUCUGAGCGUGUGGGAAUCUUGGGUCCUUGGAAACUACGAUACUUGUAGUUACUUUAACGACCAGGGCAGACAAGCAUUCGGAGUAUGUUGCACAAACCCUAUCACACCUUUUCCUUCCACGGAAACAACCACCGAAUCAAUAGCUGUACCUCCCGUAGUCGAAAGUGGUAUCGAAAUAACUGGAGACACUCAGAAGAAACCACCCAAGAAUAACAACUACCCCAGUUGGCCACCACCUGUUCCGACCCAUCCUCCAGAUCAUACAGCGGCCACGCAUCCACCCUCUUUCACGUCGACUGUUGCUUCUUUCACCGAAUCGCCAACUAAGCCAACCACAAGACCGACGAAUAGACCUGGCAGCACAACAUGGCCUACGAAACCGAGACCACCGACGGAGGUCAAUCAACCAACGAAACCCCCUAUGGUUUGGCCUCCACCAAUUGUCACUCAUCCCCCGAUGCCAACGGUCGAAGUCACCACUGCAAGGCCAGUGGGAAGUCCGGGUGGUGGAGCAGGAGUCAUCAAUGCGGGAUGCGGAAUGAAAAAUGGAAAUCCGGAUACGGAACGAAUCGUCGGUGGUCACAAUGCUGAUCCAAACGAGUGGCCGUGGAUCGCUGCCCUGUUCAACAAUGGCAGACAAUUUUGUGGAGGAUCACUGAUCGACAACAUCCACAUCCUUACGGCAGCUCACUGUGUAGCUCACAUGACCUCCCUGGACGUUUCACGAUUGUCCGUAAAGCUGGGUGACCACAAUAUCCGAAUUAACACCGAGGUGCAACACGUGGAACGACGCGUCAAACGAUUGGUACGACACCGUGGCUUCGAUUCGCGAACAUUGUAUAACGACGUUGCCGUGCUAACCAUGGAUCAACCGGUUCAAUUCUCGAAAUCGGUUAGACCUAUUUGCCUACCGGCAGGCGACAGCGGCUCUCUGGUCAGAGGAGCAACAGCAACCGUUAUUGGUUGGGGAAGCUUGCAAGAAAAUGGACCUCAACCAUCUAUUUUACAGGAAGUGAACCUCCCUAUCUGGUCCAAUACCGACUGCAGCAGGAAAUAUGGCGCGGCCGCUCCCGGAGGUAUCAUUGAAACAAUGUUGUGCGCUGGACAGGCAGCAAAGGACUCAUGUAGCGGAGAUUCAGGCGGGCCGUUAAUGGUCAACAGCGGUCGAUGGACUCAGGUCGGUAUCGUUUCUUGGGGUAUCGGAUGCGGGAAAGGUCAAUACCCUGGGGUAUACAGUCGAGUUACAGCGUUCAUGCCUUGGAUUACGAAGAAUACACAAGACAAUUGAUGUGUAUGAAAGAGAAUAUUCAAUUGUUUCAACGAAAUAGUAUAGUAUUACUUCUAAUUGCUGCCAUUUUACUAAGAAGAUUUUUUUUUGUAAAAAUAAACUGUCAACAAAUGUCUGUUUUGAACAGGUUCAAAUGAUC